AUGUUUGCCACCUUUUGGAGCCCCGGGAAGGUUGCGUUCGUUGUGUUCCUGCUUGCGGCAAGUGCCAUCAGUACCGAUGUGGAUCCCGCCCAUAAACCCCACUCACGGCAGCCGCGUGGAUUGGGCUUCUUUCACAAGAUAACGCACAUCGGAUCGCUACUCUAUCAGCAGUACAAUGACACCACCUACACGCUGAAGAAUGUCUAUGAUCUGCUUAGCAACGAGUUCACGGAUACCUUCACCACGACAACACCGGAUCCUCGCGCCACAACCACUACACCAGAUCCGUCCACCAGCACCACACCAAAAUAUCGCAUCUCGCGAGCAGAGCUCGGGCGCAUCCUGAACCGCAACUACCGGGGUCUUCAGAAGCUGUUCCGACUGGAGUGGAAUGACGCGUGGAACCAAACGAAGUACAACAUCGACGACUACAAGCGGGAACUGAAGAACUCAGCGUUCCCUCCACGCAACAAAACGGCUGGCCCGAUCAAUGUCAACCUAACGGUGGAAGUUAACGCAGACCUGAAGAAGAAGCCUUAA